AUGUUUAACAAGUCUGACAAACUUUUUUAUAAUCUUAAAGUACACACUGAGUUGCACAUUUAAACCUUACAGUAAAAGUGUGUUUGUGACUUUGAACUUUUGUUUCCGGAGUGAUCAGUGUGGAUGUAACACAGUUCUCUCUGUUUACUUCCUGUUUCACCAAUCGAUCCAUGAAUGGAGCUUCAGGAUAAUAUACGCGUGGCCGAAUAUAUACAACCAGACAGAGACACUUUUCUGCGGGACAUCUGUCCUCAGCGGAGACCAGCCGUACUGAGAGCAGUGGAUCUUGGACCGUGUCUGGACAGAUGGACGGUUGACUAUCUGGGACAGACGGGAGGAGACAAGGACGUGAAGAUCCAUGUGUCUGUCUCACCGCAGAUGGACUUUCUUCAUAAGAACUUUUUGUACAAGACUCUUCCAUUUAAGGAGUUUGUCAAAAGAGCAGCUGAGGAAAAACACAGCGACUACUUCCUGUGUGAGGAUGAGAGCUAUUACCUCCGUUCGCUGGGAGAGGACGUCAGGAAGGAACCUGCUGACCUGAGAAAACAGUUCCCAGAACUGGCGAAGGACUUCCACAUCCCACAGUUUUUUGAGGAGGAUCAGUUCUUCUCCAGUGUCUUCCGCAUCAGCUCCAGCGGUCUGCAGCUGUGGACGCACUAUGAUGUGAUGGAUAACCUGCUGGCCCAAGUUACUGGGAAGAAGAGAGUGGUCCUCUACAGCCCCCAGGAUGCACUGCACCUGUACCUGACUGGUGAUAAGUCCGAGGUGCUGGACAUCGAUUCACCAGAUUUGACACAGUUCCCAGACUUUGUCAAAGCACAGCGUUAUGAAUGUGUGCUGGAACCUGGAGAUGUUCUAUUCAUCCCUGCACUGUGGUUCCAUAACACCACUGCUCUGCAGUUCGGUGUGGGUGUGAAUGUGUUCUGGCGCCAUCUACCUGUGGACAGCUAUGACAGAAAAGAUCCGUACGGUAACAAAGACCCAGUCGCUGCAGCCCGAGCCCUCCAGGUCCUAGAGAGGGCGCUGAACAUCCUGGAUGAUCUUCCAGCAGAUUAUAAAGACUUUUACGGGCGUCGUAUGAUACAGCGCAUCCAGAAGAGGGCGCUCGGUGACAGUUCAUCAGUGACGUCGACAACGGAGGAGUCCGACACCACAUCACCCAGAAGACAGUUCACCAAACCUGGAUGAGCCUGGAAAGAGUCUGAUUUGUGGAGGGUUUUAGUCCUGGGGUUGAUGGAACUGUUGAGAACUUGGUAAAAGUUUCUUUAACUUUUAUUUAACUCUUUACUGUACAGACUUUGUGUGGUAACAAAUAGAAACAUCUCAGUAAUAAAGUGUGAACAGCAUCGACUACCGUGGAGCACUUCCUGAUUUAAACACCAUCGACCACAUCACCUCCAUUAAAACAAUAGGACCUAUUUGACUGGGACCUGAGUCUGUCUGGUGACAACGGUGAAAACAUGUCGACAGUGAGUAGUAUUGUGUACUACAUGCAAAUAUUUGGCUUUGGCAUUUUAUUACACAGCAGAUAUGACAGCAUUUGUCCGCUAACACGGUAAAGCGUUGUAAACGGUGAACAGUGAGCUCAGUCAAAGACCACAUUUAAAACUCUACUGUGCUUAAAAGUGUCCACCAGGUGGCAGCAGCAGGUGCACAAGCCUUAAACAUAUUUAACAUUUAUUCCACUCCUUUGGAGUCUUCUGAUUUAAUGAUAUAAAUUAAAACACAUACUGACCGUGGCCGCUGUGUAACUCCUCUUCUGUUUUCUGUCCUGGUGUGACAUGAUGAAAAAGUAACAAUUUUCUUCAAGUCCUCCAGCCACCACCGCUUCAUUUUUUUACACUCCGUCUUUUCGUGAGAGGCCAUGUUAAUGUCAAAGAUGACGGUACCUCAUCGUCAGGUGUAACAAUAGAAACCAUCGCAUAAA